CUCCGUAAGGUUCUUACUUUGCUGUCAAUUGCAAUUUCAAUUGAAGGUAGGUGGUCUCUUAGUCUUCUUCAUCUUUCUCAUUCUCCGUUCCAUGUCGCUGAGCCGUCGGAAUUCGGAUCGGUUUCAGCAGACUUUCUAUUCAGAUUACAUAUAUACAGUAGUUGUAUAGAUCUAUUUAAGCUUUCAAAAUGUUCAUGCUUCUUCCUUUCUCUCUUUCGCGGCGAUCAAUUUGAGGCUACUUUGUUUCUAUCUCGCUCCAGGUUUUGAAAAGAUGGAGUUUUUCGAUGAACCCGAAUCUCAACUUUUUAUAGGGGUUGCAGUUGCUCUGCUCGCAGCUGCUGCAGCUGCGGCUUAUGUCUUCUCUUCCAAGAAGACCAAAGGAUGCUUGGAUCCCGAGAAGUUUAAGGAAUUCAAGCUUGUGAAGCGUACACAGCUGAGUCAUAAUGUAGCAAAGUUUAGAUUUGAGCUUCCGACACCGACUUCUAUUUUGGGUCUACCCAUUGGACAACACAUUAGUUGCAGGGGUAAAGACAGUCAAGGUGAAGAUGUUAUCAAACCAUACACUCCAACUACUUUGGAUUCUGAUGUUGGCCAUUUUGAAUUAGUCAUUAAGAUGUAUCCGCAAGGAAGGAUGUCUCAUCAUUUCCGAGAGAUGCGUGUCGGUGAUUAUUUGGCCGUGAAGGGGCCCAAGGGUCGUUUUAAGUACCAACCUGGCGAGGUACGUGCUUUUGGGAUGCUUGCUGGAGGCUCAGGCAUUACUCCAAUGUUUCAGGUUGCCAGAGCAAUUCUAGAAAAUCCGAACGACAACACGAUGGUGCACCUUAUCUAUGCCAAUGUGACAUACGAAGAUAUUCUUUUGAAGGAAGAAUUGGAUGGCCUUGCUUCCAACUAUCCACGACGUUUUAAAGUUUACUAUGUGCUUAACCAGCCUCCUGAGGAAUGGAGUGGCGGUGUCGGUUUUGUAUCAAAGGAAAUGAUCAAAUCCCACUGCCCACCACCUGCAACCGAUAUUAAGAUAUUGAGGUGUGGGCCACCACCCAUGAACAAAGCCAUGGCUGCCCACCUUGAAGCUCUUGGCUAUGACACAGAGAUGCAGUUCCAGUUCUAGAAGCUCUUGCUUCAGUGGUCUCCUUUCUUCGAAAAUGCAGCUGUAGAAUGAAUGGAUUGGGGGCAAUCUCUGCUAUAAUUUGGGGUUUUUGAUGCUUUCUUUGUUUUUCUUUCAUCGUCGUCCUUUUUUGUUUUGGAUUUUGUUUGAUACACAGUAGUCAAGAUUCAGAUUUCAAGUUCAAAGAAGGUGGAAAAGCAGGAUUGAUGCUUUAGUUUUGUUGAAAUGUUGUUGGAUUCUCUACCUCAAUAAAAAAUAUUAGUGAAACAAAAUGUUCUUCAAUAU